UUAACUAUUAGAGACACAUCAGUCCGUCCCGCCUCCGACUCCUGGCAGCCUCCAGAGCGCGCCGCGCAGCCCCCCGCUGACCAGACGGAGCGCGCCGGGCUGGAGGUCGGGAGCUGUUCGUGCAUGUGUGACACCGGAUAACGGCGCCGUGAGAGACCGACCUACCGACCGACACGGCGGAGGAUGAGGAGCCGGAGAGAAGAAGCUUGAAGUUGCAGCGGAGCCUCAGUCCACUUCCAGCCCCGACACCGGCCGCAGAUGGAAACUUUAGCCGGCUGAAGACGCCUCUCUCCGGACUCCGGCGGCACUCAUGAACCGGGCCGUGGUUGGUUCUGUCUGACAUGAACAUCUAUUAAAACUCUUUUUUUUUUUAAACUGUUAUCAUUCAUCCACCUCCUCUUCCGUUUUUUACACGGAUUCUGAACAUUUAUGGGAAAGGGAGAGUGAAGUGAUGAACCGGGACAGAGCGGUACCGGGGCCCGGGGCAGACGGGGUCCAGACCGUGAUCAGCCGGGACAGAGCCGGAGCGGGGCCCGUGGCGGACCCGGUGCAGCCCGUGAUGAGUCGGGACAGAGCGGUACCUGCGCCCGGCGGCGGGGACGGGGUCCAGACGGUGGUGGGUCCGGACGGAGGGGACCUGCUGGACGGAGGGGCCGCCGGGGAGAAGCGGCUCUUCUCCGGCGCGGUGGCCGCUCAGGCCGGGGAGAACCACUCGGAACCUCCGCCGACGAACCCUGUGCUGGUGCCGCCGCAGCAGGGCCCCGGUUCCGGGCACCGGACCACCUCGUUCUCCGUGCUGGACAUCCUGGACCCGAACAAGUUUCACGAGCAGCCGGAGACACCAGCCAGCAGCAAGCAGCAGCACGCGGGACACCGGGGAGGAGAGCGCGAGCUGAGCGCGUGCGGAGCGGAGAACCGGAGAGGAGGAGGAGGAGGAGGCGGGGAGCGCGAGCACGGACCGGACACCGGGAAGGGCUGCUACGGAGCGGAGGACUACCAGAGCCAGUGAGAAGGCUUCGUAUACAGAAGUCCAGACGAGGAUGACUACCACAGAUCUGGGACCCCGGACUCUGAGGCCCCUGACGGGCCCUACAGCAGCGAGGAGAGCAGCUCGGCCCUCCCCAGCAACGGAGACCGAGAGCUUGGCGUCCACCAGGACACCAGCAGGGACGCCAAGAGCCCCAACGGAAGCCCCGCAGGCCAGAUCAGCAGCGCCCAGACCAACGGGGGCCAGGGGGCCAAGCCCAAGAGGAAACGCUCGGGCUCGGACUCCAAGUCGGGGAAGCCCCGCAGGGCCCGGACUGCCUUCACCUAUGAGCAGCUGGUGGCGCUGGAGAACAAGUUCAAGUCCACGCGCUACCUGUCGGUGUGCGAGCGGCUCAACCUGGCGCUGUCGCUCUCCCUCACUGAAACCCAGGUCAAGAUCUGGUUCCAGAACCGCCGGACCAAGUGGAAGAAGCAGAACCCAGGAGCCGACACGUCCGCCCCCACCGGCGCCGGAGGAGCUGGAGGCCCCGGAGCUGCAGGCGGAGGAGCCGGAGGCCUGGGGAGCCUCAGCCCUCUGAGCCCGUCGCCUCCGGUCAACGGGCACCUGGCCAUGCACGCUGGCUACGCCGGACACCACCACCCCCCCACCGGCAGCCUGGUCCAGCUGCCUUUCCUCACCGCCAGCCACGUCCUGUCCCCCUUCAUGCUGGGGACGCAGAGCUACGCCGCCCCCGCCUUCUACAGCACACACCUGUAGACGGUGAACGGACCCUCGGACCCACGGCGUCCUUUUUACUACCACGUUUGAAGGCUUUAAUUUCAACGGAUUAUUUUGAUAGAAUGUGAAUAUCUACCAGAAACUGUACAUAAUUCUAUGUUCUAGCUCUCUAUCCUGAAUGCUUUUUAAACUACAUACUAGACGAAUAGUUGAUUUCUUUUUUUUCCAAAAAAAAACGACAAAAAAAGUCUGUACGCAUAUUGAAUGUUUAUUUAAUGACUUAAGGAAUGGCUUGAUCUAUCGUCAGUACCGUGUAACUCCAGCUGUGAUCGUUUUCUUUUCUGUUAUUUAUUGAAUUUGUUAACAGUUUCCAUAAAACCCUUGGAUGUACUGAUUCCUCAGCUCAACAUGGUAUCGUCCUUUGAUAUUAAAAUAACGACAAUUAAACGGAGAAA